AUGGAUAAUCUCCAAAAGAGGAAUCUAACUUUUCUUACCAUUGGCUUAAUAUUUAUGCUGAGCGGCAUCGAGUACGCCGUCAUUCUGCCUACAAUAUGGAGAUAUCUCCAGAUUUUGGAGGCCCCCCCUUACUUCCUGGGUCUGGGUCUGUCUGCCUUCAGUCUGAGCGGGCUGCUCACAGGCCCACUUUUUGGGAUAUGGUCCGAUCGGAGUCGAACUACAAAGUCCAUCAUCCUUUUCUCCAAUCUUUUUGAGAUUGCCGGUAACUUCAUGUAUUUUAUUGGGUACUCAAAGUGGCUGUUGUUAUCCAGUCGUCUUGUAGCAGGUGUCGGUGCAGGAGCGGGCUCCUCCAUCUUCGGUUUCCUGACUAGGAGCACUAAGCCAGAGGAGCGUGCCGGCAUCUUUGCGGCCAUCAUGGCCUGUCGACAAGCUGGUCUCCUUGUGGGGCCGGCAUUCAACCUGUUCCUACGGCUGUGUGAUUUCAAACUGGGGCCCUUUGUUGUGAACAAAUAUACAUCUCCCGGGAUCUUCAUGUGCCUGUUAUGGGUGCUGCUCCAGUUUGUCGUACUGGCUCUAUACUGGGACCUACCACCCAUCAGCUCAGAGGAAGGCACAGUGAUGGUGGAGAUGAAACAAGAGGAUGACGAUGAUGAUGAGGAGGAGGUGCUGCUGAUGGGGUCCGACGAGGAGCCGCUGCACCCCUACGGAGCUGUCAACUCUGACCAACUGGAGACCUCCACCUCUUCGAGGAUGAAGCCAGCCCGCGGAGCCUCGACGUUCUCGAACCCCUUCAAGACCUUCAGCGUCAGCAGUGAGCUCCUGAGAGAGGAGGUGGUUGUUCUCCUCACGGCUCAGUUCAUCACUCUCUUCAAUCAGACAGCGCUGGAGACCAUGGUGACUCCUCUGACGCAGCGCCUCUUCAGCUUUGGCGAGCUGAGCAACAGCCUGAUGUACAGCCUGUGCGGGGUGGAGGUCAUCCUGGGCUUCUUCUUUGUGCGCUGGCUGAGCAGGAAGGUGGCGGACCGUGUCGUUCUGGCCGCGGGCCUGGUCAUCUGCUGCAUCGCUUGUAUCUGGUGCCUCAUCUUCCUCUGCAACCCCCGAGGUGGAUACGGAUGGGAGCUGUCGAGCUUCAUCAUCGGAGUGUUUCUGCAGCUGCUGGGGCUUCCCUUCGUGGCCGUGUCUCAGGUGUCUCUCUUCUCCAAAGUCACUGCAGAGAAAACACAAGGAUUCAGCCAAGGCGUCAGACGCUCAGUUGGGGGCCUCGCCACCAUCUUGGGUCCUUUGUGGGCUGGAGGACUGACCAAUAAUUUGUACAUAAUGCUGGGCAUGAUGCUAGCUCUUCUCAUAAUGAUCACAGUUAUGACGGUGCUGUCCUACGACCGCCUGACUGAGCCCAGGGCUGUGCAGAGCGCCCAGAGCUCUGACAGCGGAGGAUAGAGCUGCAGUCUGUUUGGAGAGCCCGAGAGGCUAAAGACGGACAGAGGGGAGCGCCCUUCACUUCUGAGAGAAUC